CAACAGUGAUACACAUUUACUCAUAAUCAUAUAUUCGCUGCGUCCAUAGCUGAAAAUUGUAAAUAGCAGUGUAGUUACUUAAGUAAUUACCUAUACACAUACUCCAAAAUGAUCCGAUUUAUACUCAUACAAAAUCGUGCAGGCAAAACUCGCCUGGCCAAGUGGUAUAUGAACUUUGAUGACGACGAAAAACAAAAAUUGAUCGAAGAGGUGCACGCUGUGGUCACAGUUCGAGAUGCUAAGCACACUAAUUUUGUAGAGUUUCGUAAUUUCAAAAUUGUGUAUAGACGCUAUGCAGGUCUCUACUUUUGCAUUUGCGUGGACGUUAACGACAAUAAUCUCUGCUAUCUGGAGGCCAUACAUAACUUUGUAGAGGUGCUGAACGAGUAUUUCCAUAAUGUGUGCGAGUUGGAUCUCGUAUUUAAUUUUUACAAGGUGUAUAGUGUCGUUGAUGAGAUGUUUUUGGCUGGGGAGAUACGCGAGACCUCACAGACAAAAGUGCUCAAACAGCUGCUAACAUUAAACUCAUUGGAAUAGACAGAUUUCCACGCACUAAAAUGAUGCAUUCCCCAUUGCCCGCUUAUCGAAUCUUCACAUAAAAUAAUAUAAUAUUGUAAUACUAUUUAUCUACAUGUGUUCUAUAUAUGCAAGCAAAACAACUCUCAAAUGUUAAA